UAUUUAGUUUUUUUGUAAUUAUGGGCCUUUCUUCCAUCCUUCAUGCAGUUAACCCUUAAUUUUCCAUGUUCAUCAUUUUGUACAAAAUCGGUCCAACCUCCAUGAUGUCUACGCUAGUCAGACGUCCAACAGCUUUAAACAAUUUACCCCCAUUUUCCAUACUCUCAGCCGCUCAGACUUAAAGAAAUACCAGUGGCUUUCCAAACAUUACAUCUAGUUGCCUCUAAUCAUAGCCACGAGUCCAGGUGAGAGAGUGAAGGGUUAUUCCACCUCCCUCCCCUCCAGGCCGCACCCCAUCAUCCCCUCCACCCCGCUUAGAUGCCUAUAAAAGAAACGGCGACUCUGGCGCAUCUCAGCAUCACCUGCGCUCUCAUCCUGAAGAAGGAAAACCAGGCGAAUAGACAAGAAGAACGAUGCGUUCACUACUGAAGAUCACCGUUCUGCUGUUUUGCGUUCAAGCGGGAGAAGGACACUGGCUUCGAACGCUACUGGACACAGACCUCCGUGACGAAGAGAGAAGAGGUGACGGUGAGGAAAAGGAGGAUUCAGGGAGGGCGAUUCGGUCGCCCCGCAGCGCUGAGUCCCCGUGUGCACUGCACUCCAUCCUGCUGCAGGUGCGGGACCUCGGGCUGGGAUACGACUCGGAUGAGACGGUGCUGUUUAAAUACUGCAGCGGGACCUGCCCUCGCCUCGCCUCCAACCACGACCUCACGCUCACCAACCUCCUGCAGAGCGGCACCCUCCAAUACACCGGCCACUGGCACCAUCAGCCCUGCUGCCGCCCCACACACCACGAGGACAUAGCCUUCCUCGACAACCUGCAUCGCUGGCACAAAGUGGAGAAACUCUCCGCCGCUGAAUGCGUGUGUAUGGGGUAGAGACUGCCCAAAUCUGGCUUCUGUCUGCUUAUCCUAUUGGCUUAGAGACUGUACAAAUUUAAAUAAAAGGCUGUUUAGGGGACGUUAAUUCAGGAAGAAAUAAUAUGUAUGUAUUGAAAUGUAUUAAGUUGUCUAGGUUGCUUUCUCUGAUGACAUGGCUUAUUCGGCUAUAAUUGCGUCUAAACGUUUAGUUUUGGUUAAUGGCGACACAAUGGCGUGUUUGAGUGGCCAAUUCUGAUUCCAUCAGAACCAAAAACGCAAGAUAUUUAUGUGCUCGUAAAUUAUUUAUUUAUU